CCAAGGCAGGCAGCACCACCAACAUAAAAGAAGAAGAAGGAGAACUGAAGCGACCAAUAAGAAUUCUCUCCACUCAGGCCACUCGCUCGGCCCAUUCCCCGGACCCCGAUCGACCCACCCAUCCAUCCAUCAUCCAUGACGACGGGGGAGGGGGCAGAGGCGGCGGCCGUGCCGCGGGUGGUCUCCAUCCUGUCGGCGCUGCUGCAGCGCGUGGCGGAACGCAACGACGCCGCGGCGGCGGCGCCGCCGCCGGCUGCUGCUGCUGGCCCCCCGGUACUGUCGGCGUUCCAGGGGCUCACCAAGCCGGCCAUCUCCAUCGGCGGCUACCUGGAGCGCAUCUUCCGCUUCGCCGGCUGCAGCCCGUCCUGCUACGUCGUCGCCUACAUCUACCUCGACCGCUUCCUGCGCCGCCGCCCCGCGCUCGCCGUCGACUCCUUCAACGUCCACCGCCUCCUCAUCACCUCCGUCCUCACCGCCGUCAAGUUCGUCGACGACAUAUGCUACAACAACGCCUACUUCGCGCGGGUGGGCGGCAUCAGCCUGGUGGAGAUGAACUACCUCGAGGUGGACUUCUUGUUCGGCAUCGCCUUCGACCUCAACGUCACGCCCGCCGCCUUCGCCUCCUACUGCGCCGUGCUCCAGAGCGAGAUGGCCUACCUGGACGACGCGCCCGCGCCCGUCGUCGAGGCGCCCCCAAGGCUGCACUACUGCUACGGCGCCGCCGGCACGUCUGACCGCCACGACGACCCCGCCGCGGUCGCAGCAGCCGCCGCAGCCUGCCACCGUCACAGCAGCCAGCCGCAGCUCACUGUCUGAUCGACCGGCCGUGCAAGCGUGCCCGACCGGUGGAUGCAGCCGUUUCUUUUCUUUUCUUUUCUUUGUUGUCCUGGCGGGGCGCGCUGGCUGGUGGUGUCGACUCGUCUUCUUCCUUGGUGAUGGUCUGUCUUGGUAC